AUGACUCGCGGCUUCAAAUCCCCUGCUGCUCAAGUACCACUGCCUAAAGUGUCAUUUAUUAUCGUCCAGGAUGAUGAUAUCAACCAACCUGCUGGGGUGCACGACCUACAAGCUAGAUCUUAUGGAUACAAUGACUUCACUGAAUUCCUGAGACCGGAUCAUUACAUUCGGUACAUCGAGCCCCUUGAGAAAGACCUUGCCAUUCAGGUAGAAUAUGACAUGGACGACCAAGCAGAUCAGGAAUGGCUUGACGCAGCGAACGUUGAAAGGAAGAAGGAUCAACUGAAUGCGGUCACGUACGAGACGUUUGAGAUUAUCAUGGAUCGCCUGGAGAAAGAGUACUUUGAUUUGACAAAGAAUAUACCCAAAUCUGAUUAUGCCAUGCCUUCUGAGGAUUCGACUUGCGCCAUUUGUGACGAUUCCGAGGGAGAAAACAGUAAUGCUAUCGUAUUUUGUGAUGGCUGUAACCUCGCUGUUCAUCAGGACUGCUAUGGAGUCCCGUACAUACCUGAAGGCCAGUGGUUAUGUCGCAAGUGCACCGUCUCCCCUGAGAAUCUAGUGUCAUGCAUACUUUGCCCCAACGAGGGGGGAGCGUUCAAACAAACAGUAUUUGGUGACUGGGCCCAUCUUCUGUGUGCUAUUUGGAUACCCGAGACGCGGGUGGCAAAUGAGGUAUUCAUGGAACCUAUCACUGGAUCUGACAAAAUUCCGAAGCAACGCUGGAAAUUGAAAUGCUCAAUAUGUGGCAUUCGCGAGGGUGCAUGCAUCCAAUGUACAAAGAACUCAUGCUUCCUGGCCUUCCACACAACCUGCGCUCGCAAGGAAAGGUUACUCAUGCCAAUGAAGAGCUCGCAGGGAUCUGAGCCUGGUACGCUGGCAUGCUAUUGCGAGAAGCACCUUCCUAAAGAGCAGCAAGACGCUCGCCUGAAAGCUCUUGCACAAGACGGCCAGAUGACUAGCCCCAAUUCCAAGCUGUCCAAAUCUGCUCGUGCAUACGCCAAAACUUACAAGACCGGCCCACCGCUCGUGCCACACAUCAUUGUUGAACGCAUCCUGAAUUAUAUCACCAAGGUGAAUGUGCGCAAGAAAAACGAAUUUGUAUAUAUGGUUUGUAAAUAUUGGAGCUUGAAGCGUGAAGCGAGGCGGGGGGCGCCGCUGUUGAAGAGACUGCAUCUCGAACCAUGGACAGCGUCAAACUCGGGGAAAGUACAGACGGAAGAAGAAAAGACUGUGAAACUAGAGUACUUGAAAAAAUUGCGCGGAGAUCUGGAGUCUGUUCGUGAAUUGACGCUACAAACUCGCAGACGGGAGAGCCGGAAGCUUGCACAGACUGAGAGCAUCCAGAAAGUGCUCGAGAUUGCACUCUUCCCUCACGAGGCACUACUCCGGCUUGCGUUUGAGAAGGUUCUUGCUCUUGACCGUCACAGUCUCUUCAAGCAUCCGGUGUCAAGGACGGAGGUCCCCGACUACUAUGAUGUCGUGAAAACGCCCAUGACCUGGGAUGCGAUCGAUGGGAAGCUUGAUCGUCACGAGUACUGGGACCUCGAGGGUUUCAAGAGUGACAUCGAGUUGGUACUGUCUAAUGCAAUCCUGUACAACAAGCCUGGUACAUCUUUCUACAAGACCGCACAAAGAAUACAAAUAAGCAGUCAACCCAUCCUUCAGGAACUCAAUUCCCUUGCCUACAAUCACUCACCCCUUACUCCCCCUGAUCCUUCCGACUCCUUCGUUCUCUCCCAGGUGUCAAUCGGAGACCUAGAACCUUUAAUGGAAACACUCCAGCUACUGACGUCGACUCAAGACAUUCAAGAUAACACUAAUCUUCUUCUUCAUACCGAUCCCAUCUCAUCACUAUUCAGCUUUGAACUUCCGCUCGUGAAGCCCCCACCGCCUCCUGCCCCAGCUCCAUCUCCGCCGCCUCCGAAGUCAAAGGUAUCCAAAAAGAAGCGCACUCCCAAAACUGUUGAACCUGGUCCUCUGGACACCUCCCCAGGCUUCCGUGCCCCGCGAACUCGCCGAGCUCGUGCCGCAGCCGCAGCUUUCGAGGCUGAGGCUGGCUUUGAACCCGAACCUCAAUCCACUGCCGAACCUGAGCUGGGAGUAAUUGAGGGUGAUCAGAAAGUAGCUUCUGAACCACCGAAGAAACGACGCCGGCAGAGUGCAAUGCCUGGGCAAGCAGAAACGCCACCCAUGGUCACAGAUGUAGACAGUCAGGGAUUAUUCAAAAUGUUUGAUGCCGGAUGGAUUUUACCGUCGGGACAACGGAGGGGCGGACGCCAGCCAGUAGAAAGGGCUCCACUUCCACCAAAGAAAAAGAAGAUUGAUCGUGGGAUGUCGAGGUUGUCUGUAUUCAGCACAAACGCAUCGGAUAAUCAGACUCUAGACGAGAUUUUUGGACCCUCUGGCUUGCAACUACUGCCAGAACCCGAACCUCAACCAGAAGUUGAACCGCAGGUAAUAAUCCAGCCGAAGGUCACAGAGUUAGAAAGGGACAGGGAGGAGACACGAUCAGAGUUAGAAGCGCGGAUAGCCAAGAUCCCCGUACGACCAAACACGAAGAUCAAUGUCGAAAAUGGGAAAAUUGUGGUGGAGGAGUUAGACACGCCCAAACUUCGGCGGGAAAAAGCAAGGCAGCGGAAAGCAGAAAAGGCCGCGGCCGCGGCAGCUGCAGCUGCAGCUGCCCAAGGCCUUCCGCCACCCAACACUGAGAUCCCGAAAACCAACGUCGGGACCACUCAAGAUGACGUAUCCGAUUUAUCCUCUCUGAGCGAGCUGGACAGUGAUUCUGAUGAGAAGCCUACGACACGGGGCGAGGCGACUACAUCCAAUACCAUACCCGACGUAAAGCUCGUCGGAACGCGUCAACUGCAACGCGCGCCAGCCAAUCUCGUUACUACAGGGAAAGCGCUUGUUGUCCUUGAACCGGGAAAACAGUUAGAGUAUACGUAUCCAUGGUGGCCUGCAGUCGUUUGGGAACCGGAUGACCCAGCGAUUCCAGAAGACGUCAGGAAGAAGAGACCUCAAGAUAAUUCUCGUCACAUCGUACAAUUCUAUGACCCCACAAGUUCAUGGACAUGGGUCACCACUGGCCAUAUGUUGUUACUGGGUGAAGAUAAUGCGGUCGAUGCUUCUCUACUUUCGCCAACCUCGGUGGUCCAAAAGUGGAAAACACCCAGGAUUAAGAAACAAUGCCGGGAAGCUUUCGGGCGCGCCCUGGCAGAGAUGGAAACGGAUGCAGAUUUACUUGCUCAUGAAACGGAGGAUGUUGCGACUGAGGUCACAAGCGCUGGUUCUAUGAAAGAGCAAGGUCCCACUGAUGUUCACAUGGCUAUGCCAGUCGAGCAAUCUGCUUCAUGA